AUGCCCAAGAAGCGCAAGGCCGAGGCUAACGGCCUGGAUGAGAUGGACCGACAGUUGUACGGCACGUUCCGCACCGCCGCUAACAGCAUCAGCGCGCUGUACACGUCGUCGCUGUCGCUGCAGAAGCGCGCGUUCAACGCGGGAGCCAGGCACGCCACGGAGAGGCUCCUGGCGUGGGCGCUGAGCCACGGGGAGGGACAGCUGUCGGCCGCGGACCUGGCCGCGGCCCUGCAGGCGGAGCUGGUGGUGCUGGAGGGUGAGGAUGCGGCGCUUCAGGCGGCCGCGGACGGCGUCGGAGGUGGCGUGGACCAGCAGCACGGAGGCGGCGCGGACCACCCGGGCCACCAGCAUCAUCACGCGCACCACCAACCGAGGGGAGGGAGGAACGCGUCCACCUCGGCGCGAUGCCAACUGGCGACGAUAGACGUCAACGCGACGACGCACGUGUUGAACGACCAUCAGAGCGGUUUGGGUCAGAAGUUGGGGCAGGCGUUCACCACGACAGGCGGUCCGGUGACGCGUUCGGGCGGCGGCGGCGGCGGCGGGGGGGGGCACCAACACCAACACCAACAACAUCAUCACCACCCCCCCGGCGACCGGCACCACCACGCGAACCUCGGGCACGAGUCCAUGGACGACGAGUGA